UGCUGGCCUCUGGAUUGGGAGGCGCAGCAAAAGCUCUGGUGCUUGCUGGAGCCCCUCAGCCUGCAGACCUAGGCUGGCGCAGAGUUGCAGCACACCCACAGGAAAAGCAGCUCCCAGUCUGUGUUGUCCGGUGGAUUAUCUGUCUUGAUUCUAAGGACUUCGGCCAAAAAUCACACACCGCACUCCCAACUUUCCUAUUUGUUCUGAGAAGUCAGGAAAGUAUAUGUGCUGCGUGUGGGGAAGGUUUUUUGCAGGUCCCAGGAUGCAGGCCCUCGUGCUACUCCUCUGGACCGGAGCCCUCCUGGGACACAGCAGCUGCCAGAACGAUGCGGGCGGCCCCCAGGAGGACUCUCCAGCUCCCGACGCGACAGGGGUGCCCGUGGAGGAGGAGGACCCUUUCUUCAGGGUCCCCGUGAAUAAGCUGGCAGCAGCCAUCUCCAACUUCGGCUAUGACCUGUACCGCCUAAGGUCCAGCUUUAGCCCUGCUGCCAAUGUGCUGCUGUCACCACUCAGUGUGGCCACCGCACUCUCUGCGCUCUCGCUGGGAGCGGAACAGCGGACAGAAUCCACCAUUCACCGGGCUCUCUACUACGACCUGAUCAGCAAUCCGGACAUCCACAGCACCUAUAAGGAGCUCCUUGCCUCUGUCACUGCCCCGGAGAAGAACUUCAAGAGUGCUUCCCGGAUUGUCUUUGAGAGGAAGCUGCGGAUAAAAUCCAGCUUUGUUGCACCACUGGAGAAGUCCUAUAGCACCAGGCCCAGAAUCCUGACCGGCAACCCUCGCCUGGACCUUCAGGAGGUUAACAACUGGGUGCAGGCCCAGAUGAAAGGGAAAAUUGCUAGAUCCACACGGGAAAUACCCAGUGGAAUCAGCAUUCUCCUUCUUGGUGUGGCUUACUUCAAGGGGCAGUGGGUAACAAAGUUUGACUCCAGAAAGACUUCCCUCGAGGAUUUCCACUUGGAUGAGGAGAGGACUGUGAAAGUCCCCAUGAUGUCAGACCCUAAGGCCAUCUUACGCUAUGGCUUGGACUCUGAUCUCAGCUGUAAGAUUGCCCAGCUGCCCUUGACCGGCAGCAUGAGUAUCAUCUUUUUCCUGCCUCUGAAAGUAACCCAGAACUUGACCAUGAUAGAAGAGAGCCUCACCUCUGAGUUCAUUCAUGACAUAGACCGAGAACUGAAGACAAUUCAAGCAGUCCUGACCAUCCCCAAGCUGAAGCUGAGUUAUGAAGGCGAAGUCACGAAGUCCCUGCAGGAAAUGAAACUGCAAUCCUUGUUUGAUUCACCAGACUUCAGCAAGAUCACAGGCAAACCUAUUAAACUUACCCAAGUGGAACAUCGAGCUGGCUUCGAGUGGAACGAGGAUGGGGCAGGCACCACCCCCAGCCCGGGGCUCCAGCCUGCCAGCCUCACCUUUCCUCUGGAUUAUCACCUGAACCGACCUUUCAUCUUUGUGCUGAGAGACACAGACACAGGGGCCCUUCUCUUCAUAGGCAAAAUCCUGGACCCCAGGGGCAUUUAAUGCUCUGGUUUUUAAUGUUCCAAUACCCUAGGAGAACAAAACCCUCAAGGGAUGGCAGAUGACAUAUUACAUGAAGGCUGCCCCUACAAUGGUUUCAGUGUAUACUUUGCAAUAAAAGUGCUUUAUUCUUAA